AGUUAAAACCAGAUAUAUAAUCAAAACUCAAAAGCACCAAAGCCUCAAGAACCACAGAAUCAUCAAUUACCUGAGCUACCUGCCAUGAAGAAGCUGAUCUGCAAGAAAGGCCAGGUGCACCCUUCGUCGCCGUCCACCUCCGACCUUUUGGCGGUGCUCCCGGCGACAAUCCUAGCCCUCACUGCGGCCCUCUCGGCUGAAGACAAAGAAGUCUUGGCCUACCUAAUCAUCAUCUCAAGCUCCAUUAACACUGGUACUAUUUGUAGCAACUUUUCUGGUCAUCCAGAAGCUGUUAUUCCUAGACGUCAAGGUAGUACUGAUCAAGGUAGUGCUGAUUAUCACAGUGGAUGGGCAGAUCACACUCCGAUGUUUCAAUGCAACUGCUUUAGGUGUUAUAUGAGUUUCUGGGCAAGAUGGGAUGCAUCGCCUAGCCGUGAACUCAUACACGAGAUAAUCGAAGCUUAUGAAGAUGAUCAGCUGGUUAAGAAGAAGAAGAAGAGAAGGAGCGCAAAGAUGAAGACAGAGAGAAAGAAGAUAGCCAGCAAUGAGUUGAAGGAUGGUGAUCAGGAAGGCUCUGGGAAUAGGUCGGCAAUAAGCAGGGCCGAAGUGGGUGAGCCGGUCUCCGUGGAUGCGAGCGGCAGUACUAGUACUACUGAUGGUGUUAAGGUAGCUGGCGAUCAUGGUACUGAGGUUGGCUGGGUGGUGAUGAAGGAGUCUGUGGGGAAGAUUGCGAGUUUCAUAGGAGAGAAGAUUUGGGCUGCAGGUGUCUGGAUUAAUUAAUAGGGCUAAUUAAUUAGUUAGUUUUCGGACACAGAUAAGUUUCUUUUCUCUCUUUUAUUUUCCAGCUCCCAGCCUUCUUUUUUCCGGUCCUUUCUGUAACCAUGCAAAUAAUGGGGACUGAGAUAAAUGGGUUUUUUUCCCCAGCUUUCUGGGUUCUAGAUCAUAUCGGCCUUUAAGCCUUUAUAAUUUCUUUGUUCUAGCUUAUGCUCAAGUACUUUUCAAUGGUGUGUAUUUUUUUAUUUUUUAAUGGCAUGCAUGCAUUCAGCUUCUUUAAUUCUCAUCAUGUGAUCUGUAUAAGACCCGGCAGCUCAAUAUAUACUAGCUAGCUGUGGGAUCAUGGAUCAAAACUAAUUUCCAUGACCUUUUCCU